AUGUCGGCUGCUCCUCUUAACUCGGACCCUGUGGCCACCCCACCUCGCCCUCCGUCCCCCGUCCACAGCUUCGGUACUCUCGCCGUCCACGCCGGCGCUCCACAUGACCCCGCUACCGGCGCCGUGAUUGAGUCCAUCUCCCUGUCGACCACAUUUGCUCAGUCCGCCGUUGGCAAGCCCGUUGGCGAGUAUGAGUACUCCCGAUCCUCCAAUCCCAACCGUACCAACUUCGAGACCGCUGUUGCUGCUCUCGAGCAUGCCAAGUACGCCCUCGCCUUCUCUUCCGGUUCCGCCACCACCGCCACUAUCCUCCAGAGUCUCGCUGCCGGCAGCCAUGUCAUCUCCGUCUCCGACGUCUAUGGAGGUACACACCGAUACUUCACCCAGGUCGCAAAGGCCCAUGGCGUCAAAGUGACCUUUACACCAGAGAUCGAGGUCGAUAUCAGCGAGCACAUUACCCCUGAUACCCGUCUGAUCUGGAUCGAGAGUCCUAGCAACCCUACCCUGCGCCUCGUCGAUGUCCGAGCUGUUGUUUCUGAGGCUCACAAGCAUGGUGUCCUCGUCGUUGUCGACAACACUUUCCUUUCCCCUUAUGUCCAGAACCCCCUCGAUUUCGGUGCCGACAUCGUUGUCCACAGUGUCACCAAGUACAUCAACGGUCAUAGCGAUGUGGUCAUGGGUGUUGCUGCUUUCAACAGCGACGAGCUCAAGAACCGCCUGAGCUUCCUUCAGAACGCCAUUGGCGCGGUUCCCUCAGCAUUUGACUCCUGGCUUGCUCACCGUGGUCUGAAGACUCUGCAUCUACGAGCUCGUGAGGCCAGCCGCAACGCCGACGCUGUAGCCCGAGCUCUUGAGGCCUCUCCUCUUGUCAUUGCUGUCAACUACCCCGGUCUUGACUCUCACCCUCACCGACAUAUCGCCAAGAAGCAGCAUCGUGAUGGCCUGGGCGGUGGCAUGCUCUCCUUCCGCAUCCAGGGUGGUCACGCUGCCGCUGAGCGUUUCUGCCAGGUGACCAAGAUCUUCACUCUCGCUGAGAGCCUUGGUGGUGUUGAGAGUCUGGUUGAAGUUCCCAGCAGUAUGACUCAUGCCGGUAUCCCUCGAGAUCAGCGUGAGGCUGUCGGUAUUUUCGACGACCUCGUUCGCAUCAGCUGCGGUGUUGAGGAUGCCCAGGACCUUACCAACGACGUUCUGCAGGCCCUCGAGAAGGCUACAUCCGCGGCCAAGACCAACGGUUUCAACGGUAACGGCAACGGCAACGGCAACGGCGUUAACGGCUCCUAG